AACACCACCGCCAAUCCAAGGACAACCACCAAAAAGAAAUAUCGAGACUGACCAGACAGAGGAAGAAGGCUUGAUGAGCAGUCUCAACAGCAGCACGACAAGACGACGAUGGCAUACAAACUAUCGCCGAUUCAUCAAUACUCAAGAGAGCUGACCAGCCAUCCAGCCCAUUCCACACCACGGUCAGAGGACUCAGACUCAGACUCAGAACAACCUCCACAAGCACCCCUGGUCAUCGCACCAGCCACAACGACGACUUGUACUACUCUCGAAGGAUCAUCUGAUAUUGAACUAGCUGCCAUUCUGGACAAGUCCUCUAACUUUAGGUUCUGUUUAUCGUUGUUUCUAUUUGGUCUAUUGAAUAAUGUCCUCUACGUCAUCAUCAUCUCCGCCGCAUUGGAUCUUGUCCCUUCAGAUGUACCCACCGGUGUCAUCCUCGUCGCAGAUAUCACACCAUCGCUGUUGGUCAAGAUUGGCUGGCCCUAUUUUGUCAAAGGCCAAAUCCGUUAUGCACGAAGAAUCCUGAGCUGUUCCGCCCUAAGCUUUGCGGGAAUGAUGGUGAUCGUGAUAUUCUCUUCAGUACCAUUGAGACUUUUUGGGAUCUUCCUGGCCAGUUUAUCCUCGGGCUUAGGCGAAAUGACUUUCUUACAACUCACAACGAGGUAUCAAGGCCAACCUGGCGUAAGCUGGUUUGCUUCAGGGACCGGCGCAGCGGGUGUAUUCGGCGCAGCUCUCUGGUGGCUCUUACGACAUUUGGGCGUCCAGAUCGGCCUUGGCUUGAGCUCAGUCUUACCAAUCUGUCUUUCGUUUACCUACUUUUUUCUCUUACCGCCUCCGAGUCUAUUGCCACCUGUGACGAUCGAGGCUCGCGGAGGGUAUGCGGUUGUACCCGAGACAGAUCAAACAGGACUGUCCACCGAGCUCCCCGCACUCUCAGUCAAGUCUCCUGAACUGACAUUCGCCGAGAAACUUCGACUCGCGAAGCCUUUAUUAAUUCCAUAUAUGCUUCCCCUCUUUGCGGUCUAUUUUGCUGAAUAUACGAUUAAUACUGGAAUCGCACCUACGCUCCUCUAUCCCCCUCCUCAACCUAACUCGCAUCCAGUCUUUUCUCUCGUCUUCAAAAACUUACGAGAUUAUUAUCCGUUUUGGCAAUUAACUUACCAAAUCUUUGUAUUUUUCUCGCGCUCGUCGAUGGCGAUCUUCCGAUUUCCCGCGUUGCCGCGAACACUGAUCCCGCUACCAAGUCUACUCCAGGUCCUGAUUUUCUGCACACUCCUACUCGAGGCCUCUUCCGGCUUCCUGAGCCGUUUGGUGUCGGUCGAGUGGAUCUAUUUCCUUGUCUUUGCACUCAUCUCCCUCGAAGGCAUCUGUGGCGGCCUCGCCUACGUCAGUGCUUAUUAUUGGUUGGGCAUGGAUGGCCAUGAUCUUGAUCAAGAGAAUGAAUUCAGGAUGGCCUGUGUGGGCUUUGCCGAUACCUUUGGGAUUUUGUUGGCUUCGCUCUUUAGUUCUUGGUUAGAACCUAGACUGUGCGGCAUACAAGUCUCCCAUGGACGAACACUUUGUCGAGAAGUGGGAGUUAAAAAUUAG